AUGGCCAACUUUCUCGCCUCCAUCUUCGGCACCGAGCAGGACAAGGUCAACUGCUCCUUCUACUACAAGAUCGGUGCGUGCCGGCACGGCGACCGCUGCAGCCGCAAGCACGUCAAGCCGUCGUACUCGCAGACGAUCCUGAUGCCGAACCUAUACCAGAACCCGGCCUUCGACCCCAAGAACCGCAUGAACGCGUCGCAGCUGCAGAACCACUUUGACGCCUUCUACGAGGACAUCUGGUGCGAGAUGUGCAAGUACGGCGAGGUCGAGGAGCUCGUCGUCUGCGACAACAACAACGACCACCUGAUCGGCAACGUUUACGCCCGCUUCAAGUACGAGGACUCGGCCCAGAAAGCCUGCGACGAGCUCAACAGCCGCUGGUACGCCGCCCGCCCCAUCUACUGCGAGCUCAGCCCCGUCACGGACUUCCGCGAGGCCUGCUGCCGCCUCAACUCGGGCGAGGGCUGCGUCCGCGGCGGCUUCUGCAACUUCAUCCACCGCAAGAACCCCGGCCCCGAGCUCGACAGGGAGCUCGAGCUCAGCACCAAGAAGUGGCUCAAGAUGAGGCCGCAGGAGCGCAGCCCCACCCGCUCCCCAAGCCCAGAGCCCACGAGGAGGCGCUAUUAG